CAAGGGGCUCAGAGGGAGUAGCGGGCCGCCGUUCUCCGUCCCUGAAGCUGCCGCCUCCUCGUCGCCCGGGGAGCAACCCUGACGAUGCUUCCUGACUGCGAAGCGCGGCCGGCCGGGUUCCCGCGGUUCGCCCUCCGCCGCCGUCCCGCGUAUCCCACGCUCCUGAUCUCCGAGCCGGGCGAGGCAGUGUCAGGGCAGGGAAGGGGAUAAAAGGCUGCCAGUCCUCGGGGAGCUCACCGGAACCCCGGGGGAUGCCGGGGUGGGCGGGGACCGCCAUGGGAAGGCCGCGAACGAAGCAACCCAGGUUUGUGAGAAACUUCAGGUAACGCGGAGGCGCACAAGUCGUAUCCCCCACCUGCCUCCUAGGAAGACUUCCCAGAGAAGAUGGUCUUGAGCCGGGCCCCCAGGGCCAGGGCGAUGAUUUUGGGCAGAUGGGACAUUUUGAGCAAAAGCCUUUGAGGUGUCAGGGGGAGUGUCCGGAGCUUUUAGAAAGCAGUGCGGGUAGGGAGGGAAGGGUCAGGCGCCAAGUCUUGAAGGAGAAGGUUUGAUUUGGGUUGAGUGGAAGGGCUGGCGAGAUUGCCAAGUGAGGAAGAAGGGGAAUGCAUACAUUGGGGUUUGUUGCUUGGGAGGGAAGCUGCUGCUGUCACCAAGGAAAGAGGGAGAGGGGUGGUGCAGUGCUUAGAGGCUUCACCUGGGUCUCUUCAAGGGUCGCCAGGCCCAUUUGGUGUCUAAAACAGCAGUGUCCUGCUGGUACUUGCUUGAGUGGUUGAUUGCCUUCUAAAAGUCUCAUUGGUAGAAACUGGGCUGUUGAGAGCCCCAGAGACACAGAAUAUGAAGGGGAAGUGGAGCCUUGAGAAAAUUUGAGUACCUAUCAAAAUUUUUAAAGUAACACAGAGUGGCUGCAGUUGCAUCAUUGAUUCUAACUCCGGAAUAUCCAUUGUCACUUUUCCAAACAGCAGAAUAUCAUCUCACCUCCUGCCUUUAGACAUAUGGCUGUGUGUGGGGAAAGAGUUCAAGACUGGCAGUCUGGAGACUGGGCUUUGGGCUCCCUUUCCCGCAUUCCUCCUCCCUGGCGGUCUCUGAAGCCCUUUUUUCCCCAUGAAAGAGCAAGGUGCUAUAUAGAUCCAUCCAGGAAGAGUCCCUCCCUGUCUCUAAGCAGAACCACAUUGGUGCCAGGGGUCUGGAACCUGCCAGGGGUACAAGCAAAGGCAGAGGCAGUCUCUGGGGUGCUCAGGGCAGCUCAGCCAUCCUAGCCUAGCCCUGAUUUCUGUGGCCUGGGAGGCUGAGAGGUUGGGAGUCUCUUGGGGCCCAGACCCCUCUCUGCUGAGUGGCAGGUUGCUUCAUCCGCUAAACCUCCAAAGUGGGGUUUAUUGGUGUUCUCCCUGGCUCGGUGCACUGGCUGCGCCACAGUUGGCCCUUGGCUGCUGCCUCUUCACAGUGUCUCAUGUUUGUGGGUCUACACCAUGCCUGAGGAAACUCUGCAUUCAGUUUGCCCAAGGCUGUCCUGGCUCACACUUCAUAAUCAAGAGCAGCCCUUUUACGCUCAAAAAUGCCCAGUUGCAUGAUACAUUCCUUCUAUGAUUGCCCUAUCCACUGUCUCGUUGGAUAAGCAGCCAGAGAGAUUUUGUUUGAGGUUGUGGCCUCAUGUGGCUGUACUUGGGUCCCUUUGAGCAGGAAGGCCUGGUGAACCUUUUUGGGGGUUGUUUUGGCUCAGAUGGGGAUUCCAUGGCCCAUAGAGGGAAGAGACCUGCCCAGGGGUGACAGAGCAGCGAUGGAUGACCCCCAGUCACGGAGUGGUUCUGGACCCUGCCGGGUGCUGAGCAUGUAGCCCACUGGCUGCUAUGGUCUAGGCUGUCGUGGACAACAGUCAGGGCCUGUGGAGUACACCAGGGGACUUUGUGUGGUUCUCUGUGACUCUGGCAGCAGCAGAGGUGACUCUGUGGCUCAGACUGGGUUUGGGAUGGGCUGGGAGCCCAGUAGCUGGUGACACCCACACCUGGUGAAUUAGAUUAUGGCCAGACUGAGGGCUUGAUGGCAGUAGAAGGCCCUGGUAGUGUCCGAGUGGGGAGUGACGUGGGUGGGGGCAGGUUUUGGGAAGAUCACGCUGGCAUCACGUGUACUAGGGAUGGAGAAGGGUGGUGCAGGGUGCUGUCCCGACAUGAACUGGAGAGUGAGCAGUGGAUGUCGGAUGGGUGGGAAUGGGAAGAAGCAACUGAAGAGCACAUACACGUAGGUGGAGGCUUGGGGUCUGUGGGCUGAGGGGAACCUCUCUGCAUCAUCAGAUCUGAGACCUCAGUAGUGUGAGCUGGGCCUCACAAGCUCCACCGAGCAUGAAAAAACGGUGCUAACCUUUGUGCUGGCAGUUGCCAGAUACAACCUGAUUUCAAAGCUAUUAAAAGGGUAAAAAAGUUUUUCAGAGUUGAUGGGAUGUAGUAUAUGUAGUGAGGUUUUGAGCUCCAGUCUUCAGGAAAUAAUUGCCCCUGAUAAUCAUGGUAAACAAAAGUCGGAAAGCAAACAAGAGGAGGGAGAUGUUUGCAGAAGUAGAUACUCCCUCCCCACUGGCCAGAUGGACUGGAAACUCCAACCUCAGGGGACUCUCGUGGCCUACUGGGCCUUGUUAGGUGUCCCUGGCGCUUUUCCAGGCGUGCCAUUCUCCCCAGCCUGCUGGUUGCCUGGCUCCUCUGCAGUCACCUCUGUAGAGGCCCUGCUCAGCACUUUGCUCAGACAGUAAAUGUGCUCGAGUUUCCUUUUGCUUCACGACACACAACCACUGUCAGCCCAGGCCUCACGCCUCUCUUCACAACCAGUUGUCAGGGACGGGCAGUCUUGGCUGAAGGUCCACUUCCUCCCCUUGCUCCGCUGAGCCCCUUCAUGCUAGGUCAUUGGAGAUUUUGUCAUGGUGGCUCAGCGGUCACCUCUCUGCCCUGGCCUUCCUUGAGUCCAACUGCCCUCUUAGACAUCUCCUCCCUGACCUUGUUUGGUCUCCCUUGUCCACGCCUUUGCGGCUCGGCCCUCUCCACUGGACAGCCGUGUGUCCCCAGGCUUCUGUUUUUAGCAUCAGUGGUAUGAUUUGCCCGCCGUUGCCAUGGCUCAUACUUAGAACUGUCACCUCCCAGGGCGGAAACAGGCCCAGUGUAUAUGGGCCCCUUUCAGUGGUUCUUCCCUCGGCCCAGACAAGUGCUGUUUCUCUGGUUGCUCCUGUGGACCUCUCGGUAGCCACCAGGCCCUUUCCUUUGGGUACAUCCUGGAACUGGAAUAGCUGUCACGGGGCUUGCAUAUUUGUUAGAUUUUUCCAGGAAAUUUCCUUUGGGGUCAGCAUGGGGGGCCCAACUCCUUGGAGGAGGUGAUGAAGGUGAGCGAGUGCAGCUCACUGUCCCUCUGUCUUCAGGGGAGCAGCAGGCCCUGGCCUCACGGGAAGCUGCUGGUACACUCAGGUGAAGCCCUUGGUGUCCCUGCAUCCUGCAGGAAGCAGGGUAUCCCUGUGGGCGGGGCGGGGCCAGCCUGAGGUCCUAAGGAGAAAGGCCCCUGGAGGGAGGCCGAGCUGCUGGGAGAAGACGGAGGACUCGGGGGUUCCUCAUGAGUAGGAACCAGCUGGUAGGAUGGUAGGACACAGGCCAUUAAAGACAGACCUGGUUGGGUGUGACCUCCCCCAUGGAGAGGAGGCAGACAAUUACUCCUUUUUAAAAAGUCCUUUUACUCAUUCUUCAAGUCCCAAGGACAUGAGAGCCUGCGGGUGUUUUGCCCCUGGCCAAGGUACUUCCUGGCCGCUCUGUCCAGGGCACCAGAAACCUCGUUAACUCAAGUAGCACAUCUGUGUGGACAGGUGCCCGAUGACAGGUACAUAGCUCCACGGCUCGUGGGGCAUUCUAGCCUCUGGUCAGGAAGCACAGCCGGUGGGGGCAGCAAGGGGUGGGUUCCCACUGUGGAGACCGAACGCUCCAGGGGCCUGGGGCCCAGGCCUUGGGAAUGCGGAGACCAAGGGAAGCAGGUGAGGCACUCAGAGAACCCCAGAGCCAUGUGUGCGUGUGUGUGUGUGCAAUCAGGGCAACAGGAGCUGGAAGGGGCUGGCCUCUGAGUUAGGCCUGAGACUGAACGGGGGCCCUGGACCAAAGUCAGGCACCCGUAAAGGCCAGGCAGCCCUCAGGCUGUGACCAGAGGAGGCCAAGGCCGAGGCUGCCCUGGAAAGAAGAAGCCCUGGAGUUGGGCAAAGCUGGGAAGGCAGGUACCCUGAAGAAGUGGCCCCCGAGGUCUGAGAGCACAGACUGCAGGAGGGAUGAGGGGGCCUGGGCAGGAGGGGCCAGCCUGGGUUGGGCGGGGGCUGGCUGAUCCUCCAGGCGCCUCCCUCCUGUUGCUUAAUUGAAGCCUCCCACCUCGUUGUACUGCCAACAGCCCCUUGAGACGUGAGUGUUCUUGAGCCCCUUCAGUGUCCCCAGGGCACCCUCAGGCCAGAGAAGGCUUUCCCUCUGUGCUCUGGUGUCUGUGGGACUGGCGCCUGGACAGGAGAAUCAUAGGCAGUGAGAUCCCUCGAGUCCAAGAAGGGAGAAGUCCCUUUGUGAGGAGCGGGGCCCCUCUCCUGGGAGGGCGUAGGCUUCUAUGUGCCCCCUGGGAAGCUGGCUUUAUGCUUUGUCGUUACUACCUCAACUUGUAGGCUGUUUUACCUGUGCAGAUUUUUUUCCCCAGCUGGGCUGUGCAGCAUGUGUGAUCUCAGUUCCCUACCAGGGAUCGACCUUAUGGCUCCUGCAAUGAGAGCACAGUGUCUUAACCCCUGGACUGCUAGGGAAGUCCCCCUGUGCGGGUGUUUAGAUGCCAAAGGAGCCAGAGAGCAAGUAUCCACUGGGUCUCAUCUUCCAGGCUCUUCAGGAGGGGCUGUGGCUACAUGCUCUGAGCAUUCUGGGGCCCCCAGACUCCAGGGCUGGGGAGGGGUGGCACUUGUGCUCACAGGCCCUUCCCAGGCUUCCCCCAUCCCCAGCACCUGGGGUUGGCCUACUCUGGGGCAAGGCCAGGCCUGGGACUAGCCCUGUGCAACUGGCUUCCUCACCCUGCGGUGUGUGUCCUCACCCAGAGAGGGGACUUUGUCCAAUUGGGCAGUUUUGAGAGUGAGUCUAAAAAUAGACCCCCAUCCAGGGCUGUCUGGUUCCUGGGCUAAAAGAGCCUGUAAACAGGACACACCCCAGAGUCUCAGUCACUAGGAUUGGCCUGAUGGCUUCCUCCAGGCUCACAGCCCUCCCUCAGCCCUCCUGUCACACCCUGGGGACCAGGAACCCGGGCAGGCACUUUUCCCAUUGGGAAGCAUAUCCCCAUUUUACAGAUAGGAAACUGAGGCUCAGUGGAAGCAAGCUACUAGGUCCUGUAGGCCGUGAGGGCACUGGACGACCGCAGGCCUUUCCUGCAGCCCCGCGCUCUAUCAGGAGUGGUGUUCGGAGACUUGAACUGGGAAUAUCAACAGGGCUUCCCGACCCUGGGGUAGAUGUGUUCCCUGGGCCGCGGUGGUCUAAGCACGGGGUCCACUUGGAGCUCAAGCUGCUGACUCGGGCCUGUUGGUGGCCCCUGGCUGCAUUUGGCUAACGGUACUGUACCCUUAGCCAGCUGGAUUGUGGCUCGACCCUAUCUCCUGGAAGGCAGGGAGAUCACAGUUAAAGGGAAGAGGCAAAUGCCCCCACGCCCUUCCCAUCCCUGGACCUUUCUGGAGAGGGUGGCAGGGUGGCCUCUAUCCCACUCCUAUGUCAUGGGGCUUCCCUUCCAGAGGCCGAGGGGAUCCGGCAGUGGAGUGCGAGGACCAGACACCCCAGCGAUGACCAGUUCCCCCGUCUCCAGAGUUGUCUACAACGGCAAGAGGAACAGUAGCCCCCGCUCUCCCCCCAACAGCAGUGAGAUCUUCACCCCAGCCCACGAGGAGAAUGUGCGCUUCAUUUACGAAGCCUGGCAGGGUGUGGAGCGGGACCUGCGCAGCCAGAUGUCGGGCAGCGAGCGGGGCCUGGUGGAGGAGUACGUGGAGAAGGUCCCUAACCCCAGCCUGAAGACCUUCAAGCCCAUCGACCUGAGCGACCUGAAGCGCCGGAACACGCAGGACGCCAAGAAGUCCUAAGGCGCGCCAGUGCCCCUCCCCCGGCCUCCGGGAGAUCUGGGUGCAGCCUGCCGCUGGCCACCGCCUCUCCUGUGGGCUCAGCUCCUGGGAGGGGGAGGGGGCCUUGCUCCCAGUGGGCCGAAAAUCCCAGGACCAGGACAGGCAUGAUUGAUGGCCAAGGCCUGCCCCUCCUCCCCGAGCCUUUCCUUUCCUCUCGGGGUAUCUCAGGUUACCCCUGUCCCUAGGAGGGCCUUGGCCCUGCCAGCCCAUGCCUGCCCCCCCGCCCCCGGGGGCCUGGCUGGACCUUUGGAGCUGCUGGUCCUGCCUGCCCCCAGGGCCUCGACCCUGAUUCUUGUCACCUUCUCCUGCCUCCACCCCUGACCCCUGGCCACUUCCAGGAUCAGGAGGGAGAUGAGGGGCCUCCUUGUUGUCUCCUGUGCUGUGGGACUGGGCUGGUUUUGUCCUGAAGUGGCCAGGAGCCAGGACAGGGUGGUCCCACCCACACCCAGCAUGGGUCCCUCACCGACCCCUGCUGGAUCUGUGGCUGUGGCAUGGGGAGCAUCUGACCCCCCACCCCACUGUCCAUCCUGGCCCCUUCCUUGUCAGCUUCAGGAUGACACCAGCUCUCCGGGCCUGGCACAUUGCUGGGUGUCCCCUCCAAAGGUUCUAGGCAGCCAGGUCUGGCCCGCCCUUGGGAAGGGGCGUGGGGCUGGGCUGAGCUGAUGAGGCUACCCAGUGGGUCCUGCUCUGUGUGGUGAGUUGGGAGGGUCUUCAGGGCCAUUUUUUUUCUUCCUGUGCCCUGCAGAUCCAGGUGUCUGACUGGAACCUGAGGACCAGUAAAUAAAGGCGGGGUGGCAUUGGC